UUCAUUUCCACUUUGGGUGGCUGGAUUUGUGUCUCUCUGGAGCACGCUUGAAUGAGACACCCACAUAGCCUGGAGCCAAAGAAGGAGAGCCAGAAGAGGCACUUCAGUUAGAGGGAGGGAGGAAGGAAAGAGACUGCCUCUGAGGUAGGUGAGACCCAGUUCUGUUCUGAUGGAUGGUCUCUCUCGAGCUGCACUCCUGGGCAUGAUGUUUCCCUGGGGAGGUGCUGGCCAUCCCAAAGGUGUGUACAGAGAAGACAUCUGCCAUGAGACCAAGUGGAUACAGAAUGAACUGGUAGAAAGACACCCCCCUUCUCCUGUGGGUGCUCCAUGCUCUUGAAGGAAGAAGAUGAAAGGCUCGCGGUGCCUAACAAUAGCCACCGCAUUGCUGACCCUGGUGGCCCUCAAGGCCUAUAUCGAGUGGACUGCUGGGCAGGAUGAACGAUUCCCGACCCCGCAAGAGGGCGAAUGGCAAACCAGCUCCUUCACUCCUGCCCAGACCACAGCCGAAGACGCUGUGGCGAUUGCCCUGCUCCACUUCAAUGCCUCCCUGCAUCAGAUGCGCCAGAGCAUCCCAAAAUCGAAGGCCUACUGGAAUGAGAAGCAACACCAGAUCUUCCGAGCGCUGGACGCCGGGUGGAGUAACGCCUCCAUGCAUGAAUGCGAAGGGUCUGGUGGUGCAGAAAGGUUAAGCAGGAUCAGAGACUUCGGUUCCUACUCACAACUUUACAGAAACUUUAUCCUGUAUGACGGAUGCCGGAACUUUCCACUUUUGAUCAACCAGCCGGGCAAAUGCGCCCACAGCAAGAACCGCACUUUCCUGCUUUUGGCCAUCAAAUCUCUGCCAGGGAACUUUGCUGCCCGCCAGGCCGUGCGGGACACAUGGGGACACGAGGGUGAGCCGGGUGGGUUACCGGUACGUACCGUCUUCUUGCUGGGGACAGCCGGGGGCCAAUAUGGGCCCAACUUGCAAGGCAUGGUGGAGUACGAGAGCCAGACCUUUCAGGACAUCUUGAUGUGGGACUUUGAAGACACCUUCUUCAACCUGACACUGAAGGACUUCCUCUUCCUCAACUGGACACUGGAACACUGCCAGGACGUUCGCUUUGUUCUCAAGGGGGACGACGACGUUUUCAUUAACACACCUAAGAUCUUGGACUACCUCAGCUCUUUAGAUGCCCGCAAGCCGGUCUACAUGGGCCAAGUGAUGGCCAACGCCUCGCCAUUCCGUGUCCGCAAGAGCAAGUACUAUGUGCCGGAGUCAUACUAUGUGGGACCUUACCCGGCUUAUGCGGGAGGCGGGGGCUACAUCUUCUCGGGCAUGCUGACCCAGUGGCUCCAUAUCAUCUCUCAGUACAUCCCCUUCUACCCUAUCGAUGAUGUUUACACUGGGCUGUGCUUCCAAGCUCUGGGCAUCCGCCCUGAAGCACACUCCGGCUUCCAGACGUUUGAUAUCGCGGAGAAGGAUCGUGACAACCCCUGUGUACACAGAGAGCUACUCUUGGUCCACCAGCGUAGCCCGCACCAGACCCUUCAUCUUUGGAAACAAAUCAGGGACCCCAAACUCCAGUGUUGAAGAGAGCCAGAAACAAUCUGACCUCUCUUUGCUGAGGUUCCAGGUCCUUGUUGGGAGUGGAAUGUGGAUGCUGGAGUGGAACACUCUCUGUGUCACAGCUGGAACUGUGGGAUGCAAGCACCUCCUGCGUGGAGGAAGCAUUGCCUCCUUGCCCGUCCCGUGUUUAGAGGCAGCGCACGUCUGAAUCCCAGCUCCUGGGGGAAAGGCAAGAGCCACCUGCUCCUUGCUUCUGGGUGCAUCUGCCAGCUGCUGUUGGAAACAGACCCUUAGAGUAGAGCAACCAGGGUCUGAUCCUAUAGCUUCAGAGCAUCACCAACCGGCCGAGCGGUAGGGGAGACAGCAUAGCGGAGAAGGGGAAAGAUAGCAGGCCACAAUUCAGUUCCAUAUAGUAGGCAGUUGAUGGGCAACCCUCAAGAGCGCCAGGCACACUCUGGUAGCUGAAAACAGGCCAUUGCUCAGUAAUAGAGCACGUUAUGAAGACCUCAGUCCAAUCCCUGACAACUCCAGUUAGUGGACGUAGGGUCCCAAGAACGGGAAAGAUGCCUGAUUUGAGACCUUGGGGACGUUGGCAUUAAGAAUAGAUGGGAAAGAUUUUGCUUUUGUCUAAGAUGGUUCCUUCUCUAUCCUACACCUGUGCAAAAACUGGCCAUGCUUUUGAAAAAAAAAUAACUCUAAAAGCAUGUGUAGGUGGGAGAUGUUUAGGAAUGUGGGGGUUCCACCUGUCACCUCAAGACUGAAGAAUGGGUCUUUACCAGAUCUUGAAGGACAGGUCCUGUUACUUGCUCAGAUUACCCAGGCUAGAGAAAAGGGGUACCCUGCAUUGACUCUUAAAAGAAAUCCCCACUUCAUAUUGACAUUUGCUUUCAGUCAAGAUACAUUUCAGGCGCUUCUAAAAUGCUUCCUGUGAAAAUCACGGCCAUAGCAAAAAAGACAAAUAAGUGGGUACCAGAUCAAAUCAAGCCUGAAUUCUCCCUAGAAGCUAAAAUGACAAAACUGAGGCUAUUGUACUUUGGUCAUAUCAUGAGAAGACAAGAUUCUCUGGAAAAGUCAAUAAUGCUAGGAAAAGUGGAAGGCAAGAACAGAGGAAGACCCGAAAUGAGAUGGCUGGACUCAGUAAAAGAAGCCACGUCCUCCAGUUUGCAGGAUCUGAGCAGGCUGUUAAUGAUAGGACAUUUGGGAAGUCCUUCAUAGGGUCACCAUAGGUCAGAGGCAACUUGACAGCACAUAACACACACGCACAACAUGGCUAGAGAAGAAAAACACUCCAGAGCUAGCCAGAUCUAUUGUUUUUUUAAAAAAUCCAGAGCAUCAGAUGUGGGUCUUUAUUCCUCCCUUAGAAACAAUGAUAGGAUCAUAAAUCUUUUACCGUCACUCCAGGGGUUAGGAUGGCCACCUUAAUUCCUGACAUGUAGUAAGAAUAAACCGAGUUAUACAACUGGUGCUUUCCUUAAAAAAAGGUAAAGUGUGAGGCAGUUGGGCAUCACCUAUUUAACUUGUACAUCCCGUUGCUUUGAAAACACAGAACAUAGGGCAAAAAAAUUAAAUAAAUUCAUCUCCUCUGGAUCUGUGAUAUGUCACCUGGGUUCCCAACGGGUCACUUUCACUCACCUCUUUCAUCACCUAGUUAAUAAGCUGACGAAGAGGUCUGUGUUACUUCAAACCUCCUCCAUUUGUCUGUGGGCUUUCCACUGCAGAUCCGACACCCCUACAACCGGGUAAACAAAAGGUUGUUGGAUCAAGUUAACAACCUCAGUCUUGCUUCUUCUGUCAUCGCCUAGGGUUGUUUAAAUAAGCCUUAAGAAAAAAUAUUUUUAAAAAUAUUAAAACGUUACAUGAUUUCCGUGGCCAGUAACUCCCCUUUCCAGUUGCAUCUGGCACUGAAACUUGAAGGUUCUGUUUUCAUGUGACCUGUUUCAAGGGCAGGGGAGCUGUCCCCCCCCCCCCAUGCUCAUGUUGUGAUGUACAUAGUAAAAGCCUUGGGUGCUGUACCAAU